UCGUCCUAUCUGGAGUCAGACUGUGAUGAACAGCUUCUGAUCACAAUCGCCUUCAAUCAACCCGUCAAGCUCUUCUCCAUGAAGCUGCUGGCUGCAGAACUCGCUCAAGCCCCGAAGAGUGUGAAGAUCUUCAUUAAUCUUCCUCGUUCGAUGGGUUUCGAUGACGCGGAGAGGAGCGAAGCCACGCAGGCGCUGGAUCUGUCGGAGGAAGACUACAAAGACGACGGCCUCGUCCCGCUCCGAUACGUCAAGUUUCAGAACGUCAACAGUGUGACUGUACGAUUAUCAGAUUACACUUCAGCUUCUCACAGUACUGAUCAUUUACACUAAAUACUUUCCGUUCAUUCAGAAUAACAUUUCAAUAAAUAAAUACUAACUAA